ACACAUCUACCACAUUUCUCUACAUUUUCAGCUACGUUCCUCGCGGUGGUCGUGAAGCUGCUUCCAUGAACAGCAUAAGCACUGCCAUCUUUUCGUGUCCAUACAGAUUUCCAUAGAGAUUAUGGAACAUGCUGUGUCCUGCCUAAAUUCUACCUCCUCACGCAACGACCAAGUACGAGAACUUAAAAAAAAAGUCACGUUGAAAGACCGCCUCCCGUGCUACGAGAUCGCUUAUCAAAGUGGAGCUAGAAACGGACCGCAUACACGUUCAGCUAUGCCUCUCAGGAAGUUUGAAAACAUCACGUUACGACUGGCAAAUGUUGGGUGGUACCCGUACAUCUUCAACGUCCCCACCAAAGAUGGAAACUUUCGCUUGAAGGGCAUCACGGGAUCCAUGAUAGACUACAUUCUGCAGUCCAUGAAUAUGAAGUACGUCCUGGUGGAGCCUGCCGACCGCCAAUGGGGACACAUGGACCCUGAAGGAAGAUGGACAGGGAUGAUGGGAUUGCUCCACAGACACGAAGCAGACUUGGCCAUGGGACCCUUCGUGCUAACGGAAGAGGAUGCUUCCAUCGCUAACCCAUCACCUCCAUACGCGGACGAGGACAUGGUCAUCCUGAGCGGGGUUGAGAAAGAACACAAAUCAAACGUGUACGGCUACGUCUCUGCUUUCGACGUCAAUGUCUGGAUGAUGCUACUCUGUUUCGUCGGUUUCGUCGCCUUCGUUGCAGUUAUUAUUGAAUGCAUCAUGCCAGACCCAUCUCUGACCAAGCGACAGCGACAACAGCGUCUGUCGAGGAUAUUCUGGACGUACGUAGCAUCUGUGUGUCUGGAGAGCUCAAACCUGACGUUCACGAGCAAUCCUCACCGAGUCCUCUUCGGUACCUGGUUUUUUAUGAUCGUCAUACUGAUGAAUACCUUUGUCGCCUACAUGGAAUCGGCAAUGAUGCUUAAAGAGGAGACUGAUCGCCUGGACACCAUCGAAGACCUUGCAAAGACGUCGGGCAUCGUGCCCAUGGUCUUCGAGGCAGCUGGAUUUCUUGAAGUCAUUCAGGACGCAGAGGGUUACGCCUUCCAGAAAGUCCUCAAGAUGAUGGAACAGGAAGAACAGCAGGAAGAAGUUCACGGGGAAGAACUGUUCACUCCACCCUAUCUGGAAAUGGUGCUAAAGCGAAAAGCAGCCAUUCUCAUGGAACGCAUUUCGCUCCUGGCCCGCGUCACAGAACAUUGCUACGACAAGGAACUCAAAGGGUUGGGACUCUUCCACUUGGGACGGAAACGAAUCAUCCAAAUCAAGAUGGUUUUCUAUCUCAGGAAAGACCUCAAUCCCGAAUUACAGGAGGAGAUCUUCAAGCGCGUCCGCUGGAUCAUGGACUCCGGUCUGAACUUACACUGGCACGAGGACCUGGUUCCGGAUCCGGGUCCCUGCUGGACACAGGAGCAUGCGGAUCAUCUUCACGACUACGACGCACUCGACUAUGCGGACUUUGCCGUCAUCUUCUAUCUCUUGCUCACUUCGCAUGGAUUGGCCUUCUGCGGAUAUUUCCUGGAGCUCUUCGUCCACAGAUACUGGUGUAUCAACAGUCGUACUGCAGAUUCUUUCUUCGGUUGACGUCUUAAACGUUUCAUAUGUAGCUCGUGAGACCUAGAUUAAAAAA